AUACGGGAACCAGUGGAUGAAUCGCUAGCUGAACAUGGCGACUAAACAUCGCAAUGGUGGUGGUGGUGUUGAUAGGGUUUCCAAAAAACUGCAAGCUAGCGUUGAACGCGGCGAUUAUUAUGAGGCCCACCAAAUGUAUAAAACACUGUAUUUCAGGUUUAUGAAUCAAAACAAACUUGCCGAGGCCAUAGAACUCAUUUACUCUGGGGCCAAUCUGCUCCUUGAACAUAAUCAACAUGUGAGUGGUGCAGAUCUUUGUAUUUUACUUGUUGAGGCCUUUGAUGCUUCUGAUGCUCCAGUCAACUCAGCUAAUAUAGCCAAAGUGACUGGUUUAUACAAGCAAAUACCUGCAGAUAUACCAGAGAGGGAACAUUUCCUGAGUGCUGCGUUGAAAUGGUCGGCGAAAGGUAACCCCAAGAAAGGCUGUAGUCACCCUGAGUUGCAUCAGCAAGUUGCACUUAUAUUCUGGAAUGAAAAGUCAUAUGCCUUAUCUCGUUACCAUUUUGUACAUUCCAUGGACGGAAAGCAAUGCGCAACUAUGUUAGUAGAGUUUCACACAACGCAGGGCUAUCCUAGUGAAGUAGAUAUGUUUAUCACACAAGUUGUAUUUCAGCUGCUGUGUCGCAAAAACAAGGCAACUGCAAAUGAAACGUUUCAAAUGUACACAGAAACGCACCCAAACAUCGAGAAGGGUCCGCCGUUUAUCCUGCCCCUUCUUAAUUUCCUCUGGUUCUUACUAAUAGCUGUUGACAAUGGGAAAUUAACAACAUUUACGGUGCUCUGUGAGAAAUACAAACCAUCGCUGCAGAAGGACCCCACCUACAAUAGUUACCUAGAUAAAAUUGGACAAAUUUUCUUUGGUUUGCCUCCUCCAGCCCCUAGUGGACCGCAAGGAAUCAUAGGUAACAUUGUCAAGUCACUCUUUGCUGAUGGUGAUGAAAGCAAUGGAAAUAUUUCAGAUGGACAAGAUGCUGAGUUGUGUGGAUUGGAUCUUGAUUAAGUGGUGAGAAUCCACUUUAAAAAGCACUCCAAUUCUAUCCUUUAUUCUUUAUAAAACCUUCUCAGCCAUGAAUAAUUCUUAAAUUGAAACUAAUCGAAAUACUGUUUGUGUUUAGAUAGAUAUAACUCAGUACUUUAAUUACUUUCUGAUGCACUUUAUUUCUCUUUAUAUAAAUCUACUAAAAAAUGUGUCGUUAUGUGGUACGAGUUUUAUACAAUAUCCUACAAUCUACAGAUGUUCUACCAUUGCCAUUCCUCAAUACCGUAUCCUCAAUCCCCAUUUUUUGAUCAGCCCCUCAUUGGCUGGUGUGCUGUCACAUAACUAUCGACUCCAUUAACGAUGUCCUUGAAGGUAGUAAUAAAACCUUGUUGAAGGAGAAGACAAACCUGUCUAGUGCCUGGUCACUUAUCGCUAACCGGGACAGGCAAAAGUGAUUUUAAUUGGUUGAAAAGCUGCGAUUUGUUAAUUCUGGAUGAGGUAGCAUCAUUGGGUAUUGUUUGCAACUUAAAACUAUGUAAACAUAAAGAUUUUAAAUAGGAGUACAACAGUGCAUUUGUGCGGCUUACAUUGAUUUAAAUGAGUUCUUCACUUUCAAUUAGAAAUUGAAAAAGAAAUAUAACUUGGUAAACAUUUGAUUUAUUUAUGUACUAUUUAGUGUUAUAAUUUAAUGUUAAUGUUGAGAUGUUUUGACUGACAAUGCAUUAUAGGAGAAGAAAAUAAAAAUGUUCAUGAUAUUUACUAUAAAUCACAUUCAGCUCUGAGAUAAGGAGAGAUCUUAUAAAUCAGUUUUCCUUUGCAAGUAUUGAUAAUUUACUCUGUUACCUGAUUUUUCCUAGAUUUCUUCUACUAUGUUAUUACUUCUACCAUUACUUCUACUGUUCUAUUUUAGUAUAAUUUAAAUUAUGAAAUUAUGAUUGCUCUUAUUAUAAUAUUUUCAAUGGUUAGAAUUUACUGUUUUUGAUACAAUAUUUUAGUUUAUACUGUGCUAGUGGCUAGUGUCGCCUUGUGCAUUGUUUCUUUAUCUAGGUACAUGUGCCAAGGAUUGUUAACUUAAUCACUGUCAGCAGUUUUUCACAAAUCAAAACACACAUACGUACAAGCUACUCUAAUCUAUGUUUAUACCUCCAUGCUCUAAUAGACCAAGUCUGUUUAAGGCUUAGGGGGUGCAGUUGUUUUUUAGUCGUGAGAAAACAUUGUGAGAGGAAUUGAAACAGGACACUGGAAUUAGAAGACAAGCACCUUAGCCACUAAGCUACCCCUUCAUUUGAUAAAAUUUUCAUUAACUAUUUUUAUCAUUAUCCUUUUUGUCAACAAUUAUCUUUAAUCAUUUCUACCGAGUAUGUAGGGACUUUUCUUAAAAUGUUCCUAAUUUGUCCUUGCAUAUUUGAAUCUGAAGAAUGUACAACAUAAACCUGCACAUAAAAUUUGCUUUGGAGAAUUUAAAAGAAAUCCGAUCUAAAAAAUUAGGCACGUUCUUGUUAAUUUGAAUUGGAACUUGCGUGCAUCUUGCCAUGGUUUAUAUUAUAGGCCUAUAAUGUUCAUUAAAAAUGGUUAUUAGUAUCACAGCCAAUUUAAUGUUGAUCUCAGGAUGAUUUCCAAAGGAAAAAAUAAUUGCCUACCAUUAAUCAGGGGUGACUCCAGGUGGAGCCGGUGUGGUCAGGGCUCUCCCAUAUUGGAAAAAAAAGUUAGGUGUACUUUUUACAUAAUAGUAGACUUUAAUUGAUUAAAUAAGCAUUUGAAGCACCUAAAUUAUAGUUUCCUGCACCAAUUCCAGGAGAUUUUUAUUGAUGCCCGACCACACCCCCUUCGGGCAAAUCCUUGCAUCUUCCCUACCAUUAAUUAAAAAUUAAAAUGAAACAAUUUUCAAAAUAAUAAGCUAUAUAUACAAAAAUAUAUUUCUGAUUAUUUAUUAGAUAAUUUAUUUAAUUAUUUUAUAAUGAUAUAUUAUAUAAAUACUGUAUACCAUGUUUUGCAGUCACCAAUAAUAAUCUAUAGAGAAUGUUACAUUAUUUCCUAGACAGUUGCCUCGUUAAUUGCUUUUCCGCAAUGAACAUUACCUUGUGAAGUAGCUCUUACUUCAAAACUCUAAUUAGACUAUUGAUUUGUUUUUGUCUUGUAAUUUAAACUAGUUGCGUGUUUGUUACAAUAUUCAGUUUUUAUUUCCAUUUGGUAUUUAAUGUUCAUUUGCUGGAAGACAAACUUGCUGAUGGUUUAUUUUUAUUGGUCAGUUCCAUUGAUUUCUCUCCCAUUAAGAAACGAUAACAAACAUGAUAAAAGGAAAAGAAAUUGAAUACCCAUAUAAGUCAUUACAUACAAUUAAUAAAUUUUUCAUGCUUCUAUUAACCUACAGUAAUAACUGAAUUAAACUUGUGUCAGUAUAAAACUAAAAAAAAAGAGUGGACUGACAUGUUCACAAUGUUUAGAUACUCAUUAUGCGCAGCAGAAACUACCAAUUUCUCUUCUAAAUUAUUAGAUUUUUGAAUGAGUUAUUACGAUGCAGCUGGAAACCUUUGCCUUUUACUUAACAAUGUGAUACAGAAGUUAAGGGUGAAUGUAGAAGCAAAAUGUAGUACUGAAGUGCUGUACAGUACUUCAAAGAUAUCCACAUGUAAGUUGCAUAUCAAAUCUGUCUAAUGAGUGUUUCAUUGGAGAAAAAUAUAAAUUGUUUUUAGAUUUUUGAGCAUUUUAACCUCUGGUUGUACAGUACUACAGGUUGUAGUAAAAUGUAGUGAUCAUUGCUUAUAAAGGUCAAAAAGACAGUUACAAUGAACUUUUGAAAAAUACAACUUGUAAAAGUUAUUUAUGUGUAAUAAAUGUUAAAAUUGGGUA